AUGAUUUUAUCAACUCAUCUGUGCGCUCUAGAUCGAGAAUCACACUCGAAUCAAUCUUUCAGAUACUUUAAAGACUACACAUGGAUCAAAUCUUCUCACGCUCGAUCAAGGAUCAGUAACUCUCAUUACUUUAUUAAACCACUAUCCAACAAUAAAGCUCUAGGAAUUCGAUUCAGAUUGAUCAGCAAUCAUAAUCUCCAUAACUUAUCAAAGCUAAGACAACUUCAACCUAUCAAUCGAGACCGAUCAAUUCCUCUAAAGGUCAAUAACACAAAGUACCAUUUAAACUCAAUGGCUCCUAUCACUCCUUCCUCCAACAAAGGAUCGAACAAGAAAGCUAGAUCCAGUGCUAACAAGAAGGCUAAUGAGCUUAACACGCCCUUACUCGAGCGUCGACUUUCAAAAGGGGUUCUUAACCCCAAAUCCAUCUUAUCUAAAGGUUCUUCAGCCCUCGAAUCAAACAAUCAGCCUUCUAUGUUUAACAAUGAUGAAGAUGAAGAGAUGGAUACCUCACCGGACGAUCCUAACACUCAAUCAGUUCCUACUAACUUCACCGAUCCACCUCUUGACUUGAAUCAAGAAGAACUAACUUUACCUGAUAAAAUCAACUCUAAGAAACGGACUUUAUCUGAAUCAACCAAAUCAAAAUCAACUACUGUCAACUCAGAAGAUGAAGAUGAAGAACAAAAGACUGACGAUGACGAAGUCGAUGAAGAGAAUUCAAAGAAAGUUGAACUUGAGCCUGAAAUUAUUGAUAAGGCUACUGGAACUGCGAUUAUUGGAGGACAUGUUAUGAUCCCUGCUACUUCUGAUAUGCCUUUAUCAGCUUAUCCACGUGCCGGUGAAUUAGAUCUUUUCACGAUCAAUCCUCUCCUCCAACUUCGAAAGCCUGGUCUUGCUCCCACAGCCAACCUACCCUUUGAACUCCAGCUUUGGUGGAACCUAUACUCCGAUACUUACGUUUCUGAAUCAGACAUUUCCUUAUGGGCGAUGGUGAAGGUUUUAAACGAAGGGCGUACUAUCAAUCACGCUGAAAUAAUCAAGUCAUCAUUAUCUCAUGUCUUAACUUACUUAGAACUAAUCACAGGACCAGGCAAAUCUCAAUUUUAUCUCUUUCGCUUCAAGACUGCUCUUACUAAAGACAACUUUCGCAAGAAUACCCGCCUUGAUCGUGGUAUCUUUAUUUCCAUCAAUGGACCAAUCAAGAAUAGCUUCAUCAUUUUCAACUUAGACCCUGUUUCAAAAUUAACUCCAAUCAUGAACAGCUUACUUGUCUCAGUCUCAGGCCUCCCUUUUCAUCUUCGUCAUAAGAACAUCUGUGAAGAAGUAUUUAAUGGUUUAGCAGCUCACAAAUCAAACGACUGUCUCGAAAUCGCCUCUAUUCGUGAACCAAACACUUCACCUACUUUCACUCACUACAACAAACGAGUCUUUGAAAUUCAAUUCGAAAGAAAAGCUGCUGCUCAUUGGUUUAAUGCUCUAUCUCAAGAAAAAGGAAAUUUAUUGAUUACUCCUUGGAACAAGAAAGGUGAUGAAUUUAAGAAUCGUACUAAAGUAACUAACUGGAAGUUUAUCCCUGCAUGCCACAUAUGUGGAACCUCCUCCUACGAUGGUUCCCAUCGAACUAAGUGUCCUUAUGUCACCAUUAGAGAUGAUCUCCAACGAAUUAUUGAAAGCUCUUACACCAAUCGAUCUCCAACUGAUCUUACCAACGAAUCUGACAACUUUGCUGCAGGCGCUUCAUCCUCUCAACCUAAGAUGGCUAAAGUAGGUAAAUUUACUCGACAUGAAUGA